CGCCGCCUCUUUAUCAGCACGCAGCUUCCCAGGAAUGCCGAACUCGCUCCCUUCCCCUUCUUACCAUCCUCCCACAUCCACAUCAUCAACCUCCAUCGUUCAGUCCAUCAGGUCGAGGAAAGUCAAGGAGGGAAAGUCAUUGAAGUUCAUCUUUCUGUUAUUCGUAUUCGUUUCGACUUUCUCUCUCUGCGUCCUUGAAGUCGCCGGCUUAUUCGACUUCGCCUUUCCUUUCGGUUCACAAUGAGAGGCCUCGUCGCUCUCUCAUUCGCGGCAUACGCUGCAGCGGCGCCCAGUGUCAGCUAUGGGACCAUCCAUGGCGACGCGGCGCCCAUUCUGUCGUCAUCCAACGCCGAGGUCGUUCCCAACUCGUACAUCAUCAAGUUCAAGAAGCAUGUCGGCGAAGAUUCAGCGUCGGCCCAUCAUGCCUGGAUCCAGGAGAUCCACACAAACCGGGAAACCGAGCGUGCCGAUCUGAAGAAGCGCGGCCAGAUGCCGCUGGUUGACGAUGUCUUCCGCGGUCUGAAGCACACCUACAAGAUUGGCCAAGAGUUCAUGGGCUACUCUGGCCAUUUCGAUGACGAGGUCAUCGAGCAAGUUCGGAGGCAUCCUGAUGUCGAGUACAUCGAGCGCGACAGCGUUGUCCACACGAUGCGCGUCGAAGAGACCAAGUGCGAUAGCGAGCUUGAGAAAGCCGCUCCGUGGGGCUUGGCCCGUAUCUCGCACCGGGACACCUUGGGCUUCUCGACCUUCAACAAGUACCUCUACGCUGCCGAGGGUGGCGAAGGUGUCGAUGCCUAUGUCAUCGACACCGGCACCAAUAUUGAGCACGUGGACUUUGAGGGCCGCGCCAAAUGGGGCAAGACCAUCCCCUCAGGUGACGCCGAUAUUGACGGCAACGGCCACGGCACUCACUGCUCUGGCACCAUCGCUGGUAAGAAGUAUGGUGUUGCCAAGAAGGCCAACGUCUAUGCCGUCAAGGUUCUCCGCUCCAACGGCUCCGGCACCAUGGCCGAUGUCGUGGCCGGUGUCGAGUGGGCUGCCAAGUCCCAUAUCGAGCAGGUCAAGGCCGCCAAGGAUGGCAAGCGCAAGGGCUUCAAGGGCUCCGUCGCCAACAUGUCGCUUGGUGGCGGCAAGACCAAGGCCCUCGAUGACACUGUGAACGCCGCUGUGUCGGUUGGUAUCCACUUCGCGGUUGCUGCUGGCAACGACAACGCGGAUGCCUGCAACUACUCGCCGGCUGCGGCUGAGAAGGCCGUCACCGUUGGUGCUUCCGCUAUUGACGACAGCCGUGCCUACUUCUCCAACUACGGCAAGUGCACCGACAUCUUCGCCCCCGGCCUCAGCAUCCUGUCCACGUGGAUCGGCAGCAAGUAUGCCACUAACACCAUCUCGGGCACCUCGAUGGCCUCGCCCCACAUCUGCGGCCUGCUGGCCUACUACCUCUCGCUCCAGCCGGCCGAGGACUCUGAGUACUCGGUUGCUCCCAUCACUCCCGAGAAGAUGAAGAAGAACCUUCUCAAGAUUGCGACCGAGGACGCCCUCACCGACAUGCCUAAGGGCACCCCCAACCUGCUCGCCUGGAACGGCGGUGGCUGCAACAACUACUCAGCUAUCGUUGAGGCUGGCGGUUACAAGGUGGACCGUAAGUCCAAGGUUGACAAGAUCGACAUCGGUACCUCGGUCUCCGACCUUGAGAAGCUCAUCGAGCACGACUUCGAGGUCGUCUCUGGCAAGGUUGCCGAAGGCGUCUCGUCGUUCGCGGACAAGGCUGAGAAGUUCUCCCAGAAGAUCCAUGAGUUGGUUGAUGAGGAGAUCAAGGACUUCCUCGAGGAGAUCGCUGCUUGAGUAAGAUGAUCAUCAGAGCGUCGCCGUGACUCAGCGGCUGGCAGUCAAUCCUCGGAAUGUGAUGACGACUGCUUUUUGUUACUGGGCUUUUUUCUUGGGAUAUCGGAAUGGGCACGCAUCAUGGCAGCCUACGGAGUUUUCUUGUACUGUACAUGCAACAUGGGACUUGGGACGCACUUGAAUCGCUGGGUUGGCUUGCAUUUCGGGGUAUCCUCAGUCAGUCAGUUUAUCAACGUUGUUUCCGUCGACAAAGAUUUGAUCAUUUGGCAUCGAAGUGACUGUACUCCGUAGUGCUCCAAGGUGCUUGUGGUUUGAACUUUGAAGUGCCAGGGAGGCGGUCGAACAUCAUCCGAGACUCAGAACCUGUGCUCAAGCUCGCUCUUUCCUGCUCUUUCCUGCUCAUUACGAUUCUCACUUCGAGC